AUGGGGGGAGCUCGCAAUCCUCCAUCCAUUCCUACCCUCCUUCCUUCUGGUGAGUCCGUGCCCAUGGAACAAGGGCGAGAAAUUACAGCGGCUCAGGAGGCAUCCGUGGAGAGAGAGAGAGAACAAACGAGCAUUUCGGUUCUAGAUGACCCUUCAUCAAAGCUGGCGCGGAGUCUCCACUGCAUCGCAGCAGCGACGCAUCAAGAGGCGCCCAGCCCUUCGACAUCAAUGGCGGUGCGUUUACCCGUCGCCCCCCGCGCUGGUGAAAGCCCCCUAUCCUCAUCGCGGGCGGGCGGCGCACAGACGCAAGUGGCCGGCCGGGUCUGGAGCAUGCGCGGAGCGGGCGCUGGCGGUGGGUCGCUGGGCUGGAAAACCAACGAGAGAAAUGAAGAGUCAGUUAGACUAGGACCCGUUAGCUUAUUCUCUCUGCACAGAGGCUGCCUGACCUGCUGCGAUUUCUAUUGCUUUUUCUGUUUUCAAGACAAAGACACAUUCCCCCCCCCACCCCCCACCCCCAACUGGGUGACUUUCAGUGAACUGCGGAUUGACUUAAGCUUCGUUCGCUCGGCAAAGCUGCAGAGGCACGGGGAGGUCCCCGCCAGGCAGAAGCCGUGGAAAUGUGGGGACUGCGGGAAGGGGUUUAAUUACCCCCUCGGAACUGGAGACUCACCGCCGCAGCCACACCGGGGAGCGGCCGUGUGCGGGAAGGGCUUCACCCAGUCGUCCAGCCUCUACACCCACCGGCGGGUGCACACCGGGGAGCAGCCGUUCGCCUGCCCGGAGUGCGGCCAGGGGUUUAAGGCUUUCUCCACCCUCCGGGCUCACCGGCGGGUCCACUCCAACAAGAGGCCAUUCACGUGCCCGGACUGCGGGAAGAGCUUCAACAGCCGGAAGGAUCUGCUGAACCACCAGCGGGCUCUGACCGGGGAGCGGCCGUUCGCCUGCGCCGUGCGCGGCAAGGGCUUCGCUUGCUCGUCCCCCCUGCUGACCCGUCAGCUCGCCCACGCCACCGAGAGGCCCUUCCCGCGUCCCCAGUGCGCGAAGCGAUUCAAGAUGCGGGAAGGACCUGCUCGAGCACCGGUACACGCACACCGGGGAGCGGCCCUUCGCCUGCUCCGAGUGCGGGCUGGAGUUGGUGGACCUGCCGGACCUGCUGGCCCACCGGCGGGGGGCCCACCGGGGAGCGGCCGUACGCCUCCCGCCUCACCACGCACCGACUGGUCCUCACCGACGAGAGGCCCCACGGCUGCCCCGUCUGCCAGAAGCGGUUCAAAAGCAGGCAGAACCUGCUGACGCGCCGGCGGGUCCACACCGGGGAGCGGCCGUUCCACUGCGCCGCCUGCGGCGAGGGCUUCACCCAGUCCAACAACCUCCCUGAGACACCACCAGCUGCACUUGCGUGAGCAGGGGUUGGACUCUGCCGCUGAGGUGACCCACAUCCAGGAGUGAAUCGCAGCCGAUCGCCUGUUCUACCUACCCUCCCCCCAACACAGACACACACAGACAGGCACACAGACACUCACACACACACACGGACAGACACACACAGA